UGAAUGGCCACAGAAAAUAGGAUAGAAAAAUAGUACUUACUGACAGUAACAGUUCCAGACCGGUUUUGUUUGUUACUAGCGCAGAAUAGUGACUUUUAAGACCUAUCUCCAUGGUCAGCUCCUCAGCUCUUGUCGGAGCCCGAGUAGAUAGCGUGAAUUCACAUUCGUCUGGUAAAGGAUAUAAACAAACCCAGAUGUCCCAAUGUCCUUCUACUCCCUCCACAGCUUCCACGGCUUCCAUCCCCUUUCCCUCUUCAAUCUUCUCCCGUUCUGUCUUUUCCCUCCCCCUUCUGCCCCGCAAUGUCGAUUGGAAACCUUCAACAACUCUUGGAGGCAGCCAGUGCCCAGGAGGGCAGUGGUAAUGUCAUCACAUAUUCCCAGGGUAACCUAGACCAACCCAAGGUAUACUCCUACAAACAGGUCCUUGAAGCUGCCCAGAAGGCCUCUUGUGCUCUUCGCUCGCGGGGUGAGACAUACCGUCCUGGAUCUGUCAUUCUGCUUCAUUUUGAUCUUCACUGGGAUGCCAUUGUCUGGUUCUGGGCUACCCUUUUCGCUGGCUGUAUUCCUUGCAUGUCCACUACUCUGUCGAACAACCCUGCCAUUCGCCUGAACCACCUCGAACAUCUCUCCAAAGCCCUCAUCAACCCCAGCUGUCUGACCACGUCGACACUAUUGCACGAAUUCGCCGACCAAGAACACAUUAACCCCAUUUCAAUUGGGUCUCUCAAUGCCGAGAAGGCCACGUCCGAUGAGCUCCACAACAUAAACCGCAAGUCCAAGCCGACCGACAUCGCCCUGCUGAUGUUGACGUCCGGCAGCUCCGGCAACUCCAAGGUUGUCUGCCUCACCCACCACCAGAUUUUCACAGCCAUUACUGGCAAAUACUCAGUUAUUGAACUGCCAGAGGGCACUUCCUUUCUGAACUGGAUCCGCCUCGACCAUGUGGCUGCUAUAGUCGAGAUCCACCUUCAGGCUCUCUUUGCCCGCAAGGACCAAAUCCACGUCCAAGCCCCUGAUUUCCUCGCUGACCCUCUUCAAUACGUCAACCUCAUCGACAAGCACCGUGUCUCUCGUACAUUUGCCCCCAACUUCUUCCUUGCCAAGCUCCGUGCUGCCCUUCACGGUCUGGAGGCGCAGAACAACCCUCGCAACUGGGACCUCAGCUGCCUGACGUACAUCGCCUCUGGAGGUGAGGCUAACGUGGUCAAGACCUGUGAUGUCGUUUCGCAGCUCCUGUCCCAAUAUGGUGCCCCCGCCCAUGUCAUUGUGCCUGGUUUCGGUAUGACUGAGACAUGCGCGGGUUCCAUUUUCAACACCAAGUGCCCGACAUACGACAAGGAGCGCUCUUUGGAGUUCACCUCUGUCGGUGCUUGUAUGCCCGGUAUCAAGAUGAGAAUCACCGAGGGGUCCAACAAUGAGACCGUCCCGGUUGGCGUUGUCGGCAACCUCGAGAUCAGCGGCCCUGUCGUCUUCAAGAGCUAUUUCAACAACCCCACUGCAACCGAGGAGUCCUUCUCCAGCGAUGGUUGGUUCAAGACUGGAGACAAGGGCUCUAUUGAUGAGACCGGCUACCUCACUCUGCAGGGUCGUGCCAAAGAGGCCCUGAUUAUCAACGGUGUCAAAUACAAUCCUCACGAGAUUGAAACCGCCCUGGAUGAAGCGAAGAUCCCUGGUCUGACCCCCAGCUUCAACUGCUGCUUCUCCUACUUCCCCGCCGGAUGUGAGACUGAGGAGGUCUGCGUCACCUUCCUGCCCAGCUUCACCCCUGAAGACAUCGUCGCUCGUGUUGAGACUGUAGAUGCCAUUUCCAAGUCCGUCAUGAUGGCGACUGGAUCCAAGGCUCGGGUCCUCCCUCUUGACCAAUCUCAGCUGCAGAAGUCCGCCCUCGGUAAGCUGCCGCGUAAUAAGAUCAAGUCUGCCUACCAGAAGGGCGAGUACAGCUCUUACGAGGACAUCAACAACGAGGCGAUCUCGCAAUACCGUGCUGUCACCCGCCAGAACCCCCAGAACGAGUUGGAGCAGCAGCUUCUCGACAUUUUCAUCCGCUGCCUCGGACUGCCUGAGAACGACUUUGACGUCAAAACCCCUGUCUUCAACAUGGGAAUCACCUCGGUCGAACUGAUCAAGCUGAAGAAGAACAUCGAGGAGCAUCUCGACCUCACUCAGGAGAUACCCAUGAUCACCCUCAUGACUAACACUACCGUGCAUGACCUCGCCGAGGCCCUGUACGACCUCCAGGCUCCUCAUAAGUACAACCCCGUCGUGACCCUCCAGUCGCAGGGGCACAAGACUCCUCUAUGGCUCAUCCACCCUGGUGUCGGUGAAGUGCUUGUCUUCCUGAACCUGGCCAAGUUCAUUGUCGACCGUAAGGUGUACGCUCUCCGGGCUCGUGGCUUCAACAAGAGCGAGCAGCCAUUCCAGACCAUUUCUGAGGUUGUUUCCACGUACCACACCGCUAUCAAGCAGAAACAGCCCGAAGGACCAUAUGCCUUGGCCGGCUACUCGUACGGAUCCAUGCUUGCCUUCGAGGUUGGCAAGGUCCUCGAGAGCAACGGCGACAAGGUCAGCUUCCUGGGCUCCUUCAACCUCCCCCCUCACAUCAAGACCCGUAUGCGUCAGCUCGACUGGAAAGAGUGUCUCCUCCAUCUGUCCUACUUCCUGGACCUAAUGACCGAGGCACAUGCUCGUGAGCUCGCCGCAGAGCUGCAAGGCGCAACCCGAGACCAGGCCAUGGCUAAGGUCAUGGAAGACGCCGACCAGGACCGUCUGUUCGAGCUUGCUCUUUCACCCGAGGCACUGAAUAAAUGGGCUACUCUCGCAUUUGCCCUGCAAAGUAUGGCCGUCGAUUAUGACCCCUCGGGCUCCAUUGCCAGCAUGGAUGUCUUCUACUGUAUCCCGCUUGCAGUCGUUGCCUCCUCCAAGGAGCAAUGGCGCAACGAGCAUCUGAGUAAGUGGGUGGACUUCACCCGCUCCGAGCCCCGCUUCCACGAGGUCGGCGGUGCUCACUACACCAUGUUGGGACCUGAGCACGUCUUCAACUUCCAGAAGACUCUCCGUGCUGCAUUAAAUGCCAGAGGCAUCUAAACAAAAUGGUGAUAGUGUAUGAUUUUCCUUUCUAUUUCUUUUGUCUUUUACGGGGAAUGGUAUUGUGGAGCUGGAUCUGGGACCUUGUUUCAUAAACUGUGUUCCUCUCCUAUCGUACCUAAGGCUUUUAUAGUUAGCUAAACCUCGAGGUGUGGGCUCGCCAAGUGCCCUAUAGAGUAAUACAGUAAUGGAUCGUCCGAUAUCGAGGCAAGUUAGGGGAAGUACCGUCAGUCGUCAAUAUGGUAAACACGUAGUUAAGAGUCGGUAAUCGACGGGGCUAGGCUAAGCACUGGCAAAACAAAAACCAGGCACACGCUAUAGCCGAGAGUAUACAAGCCCAAGAUCGCCAACUCACCAUUUAGUAGUUCCUGGGCAUACAGCGGUAGAAGGGAACGAGAGAGACGAUCAAGCAGGAAAGCAAACAGCCAAUGAGCCCCCCGGGACAUGUUCAGAAGACAUAUCUCUGGCUUUUGCCCACAGAUCCUGGAAGGAGGCCAUUACAGCAUAGAAGUAGAGAUGGCUUACCAGGGAACUUAGCCAGCUAUCCUAAUAAGGCCGACCAACC